GCACUUCCGGCACGGUCGUCGUUCCCAAAAAAUAUACCACUAAAGGCACGUGACAAAUCAAAUCCUGGAACCUGAAUCGAAAGGCUGAAACCAAACGACCCUCUGGAAGACUACCCAGAAAAAGAACUCACUCUGAUUUGUAUUCACCAAGGAUAAUAAUCGAUUCCGGUUGUUCUCGAUGGCGUCAGAACAAAAAGAAUCGGCUGCCAACAAUCCUGGUCUCUGCACAACCCCUGAUGACGCUACCAAUGGAUAUAUCAUGCAGCAAACUAUGUUUCGAAUUAAGGAUCCCAAAGUCAGUCUUGAUUUUUACUCUCGUGUGUUGGGAAUGUCGUUAUUGAAGAGGUUGGAUUUCCCUGACAUGAAGUUUAGCUUGUAUUUCAUGGGCUACGAGGAUCCUUCAUCGCCUCCGACUGACCCAUCCGAUCGAACAGUUUGGACAUUUGGAAGGAAGGCUACAAUUGAACUAACACAUAAUUGGGGCACUGAAAGCGAUCCUGAGUUUAAAGGAUAUCACAAUGGGAAUUCAGAACCUCGUGGAUUUGGACAUAUCGGCAUCACCGUUGAUGAUACAUACAAGGCUUGUGAGAGGUUUGAACGUCUGGGCGUGGAGUUUGUUAAAAAACCAGAUGAUGGACAAAUGAAAGGGCUAGCAUUUAUUAAGGAUCCUGAUGGCUAUUGGAUUGAAAUCUUUGACCUUGAGAAUAUUAGGAGAGUAACCAGCGCUGCUACUUGAGGCGAUGUCACACAGAU